AUGUCGACGAAGAUAACGCUCUCGCCACUUGAGAUUCCAGAAAUCCUCGAGCAGAUCCUGGCAUAUGUCGACGAUGAUACCAUCAACGAUUCGGUCCUCCUGACUGCUGCUGGCCCCGUUACUACAGCUGUCCAAGAGCAACUACAGCAGACCCUUCUGGACAUUGAAGAGAUUGGCGACAUGGACGCCAAGGCCAACUAA